AAUAAUGAAAUGCGAUGUUAUAACGGAAAUUUUUCUGAAGUGUCGAACAAAUGACACCUUCGCGUUUCGAAAUUUCCCGUGGCUCAGUUUCGGCGUAAUUCCUGAAAAGUAUGGCGUCUUACCCGAUCAUUCAGGAACGUGAGGGGGAAUGGACCUCCAAUGAAAUGAUUGAAAUCCUAGGCUUUAGAAUUCCAGCGUUUUUUGUGUAUGGCUCUCAAGGUCCUGAGUUGCUGUGCGACUUCAUCACUAAUUUUCAGACGAAAUCUGAUGAUGUAUUUAUUGUCAGCUACCCCAAGUCAGGGACCACUUGGGUUCAAGAAAUUGUCUGGCAGAUUUACCACGAUGGCGAAAUCAGUAAUAAAGUUCUUGGAGAUCGCGUCUUGUACAUAGAGAAAGCUUUAUUACCAGAAUCAACUCAUCUUGAUAUUAAAAGUAUGCCAAGCCCUCAUAAUCAAUAUUACAUUGGCUGA